CCGAGUACCCGGCCAUCUCCAUAGACCGCUUCGACAGGGAGAACCUGAAGGCCCGCGCCUACUUCCUGUCCCACUGCCACAAGGAUCACAUGAAAGGAUUAAGAGCUCCUGCCUUGAAAAGAAGGCUGGAAUGCAGUUUCUGUGGGUCAGGAACUCUGACAGGGCGCAGUGGGAGUGGCUGGUUUCUGCCGGGCCCCAUGGCAUGCUGGGGCUGCCAUUAUCUGGAGGCUCAUUCACUCAGUGUUUGACACUGAGGCUGAGAAGAAUCAGGCAGUUGGGGCUUUCGAGCAUCUCUGUUGCUGGAAAACUCUUCAGCAUGGUGAUUUCAAGCUUGAAGGUUCGCUUAUACUGUUCACCUGUUACUAAAGAGUUGUUGUUAACCAGCCCGAGGUACAGAUUUUGGGAGAAACGAAUCAUAUCCAUUGAAAUUGAAACUCCUACCCAGAUACCUUUAGUCGAUGAAGCGUCAGGGGAGAAGGAAGAUAUUGUUGUGACUCUCUUACCAGCUGGUCACUGUCCAGGAUCAGUUAUGUUUUUAUUUCAGGGCAAUAACGGAACAGUCUUGUACACAGGAGACUUCAGAAUGGCAAAGGGAGAAGCUGCUAGAAUGGAGCUUCUGCACUCCGGGGGCAGAGUGAAAGACAUCCAAAGUGUGUACUUAGAUACUACUUUCUGUGAUCCGAAAUUUUAUCAAAUUCCUAGUCGAGAGGAGUGUCUGAGGGGAAUAUCGGAGCUGGUUCGAAGCUGGAUCACUCGCAGUCCCUACCAUGUCGUGUGGCUGAACUGCAAAGCAGCUUACGGGUAUGAGUAUCUAUUCACCAACCUUAGUGAAGAGUUUGGAGUCCAGAUUCACGUGGACAAACUAGACAUGUUUAGAAACAUGCCGGACAUUCUCCAUCAUCUCACAACAGACCGUAACACUCAGAUCCAUGCCUGUCGUCAUCCAAAGGCAGAGGAAUAUUUUCACUGGAAUAAGUUACCUUGUGGAGCUAUUUCCAAAAACAGAAUCCCGCUCCACACAAUCAGCAUUAAGCCAUCCACUAUGUGGUUUGGAGAAAGAACCAGAAAAACAAAUGUAAUUGUGAGGACUGGAGAGAGUUCAUACAGAGCUUGUUUUUCUUUUCAUUCUUCCUACAGUGAGAUUAAAGAUUUCUUGAACUACAUCUGUCCUGUGAAUGUGUAUCCAAAUGUCAUUCCAAUAGGCACAACUUUGGAUAAGGUUGUAGAAAUCUUAAAGCCUUUAUGCCGAUCUUCCCAAAGUACUGAGCCAAAGUAUAAACCACUUGGAAAAUUGAAGAGAACUAGAAAAACUCACCUAGACUCAGAGGAGGAAGAUGACCUCUUUGAUGAUCCUGUGCCAUUACCGUUAAGGCACAAGGCUCCAUACCAGCUAACUCUCCACCCUGAGGUAUUUGUAAUGACUGCAACAUCACAAAACCAGCCUGAACAAUGGAGACAAAGCACAGGGUACCUCAAAGCAGAGAGCAUGCAAACCGUUCCUUGGGCAAACUUUGUAGAUUGUGAAGAAUCUAACAGUGAAAGUGAAGAAGAAUUACAAACCCCAGCUUCAUCUCAAGAAGACUUGGGUGCUGUCACACAGCAGCAGCAAAAGGCUGAUGUAGAAGUACCACAGUGGGAAAUAUUCUUUAAAAGAAAUGAUGAAAUCACAGAUGACAGUUUGGAAAACCUCCCUUCUUCUACAGAGGCAGGAGGUUCUCAAUCACCUAAGCUCUUAAGUGACUCUGAUGGGGAAUCAACUCAUAUUUCUUCCCAGAAUUCUUCUCAGUCAACACACAUAUCUGAACAGGGGAGUCAAGGCUGGGACAGCCAAUCUGAUACUGUUUUGUUAUCAUCCCAAGAGAGAAACAGUGGGGAUAUUACCUCCUUAAACAAAAGUAGCUACAGACCAAAAAUCAAGGAGAAUAUCCCUGCUUCUCAGAUGGAACAAAAUGUACUUUGUCCAAGGAAUACUUCCUCUGACUUGAAACACAGAGAUCAAAAUGUAAAGGUAGUUCCCAGUGUUGGAGAACGGACUGCCCUAAGCAGUGGGAAACACAUACCUCAGGAGAAAAGGAUGCUAAAUCUUAGCACCAAUGCAGAUUCCCCAAGCUCCUCAGAUUUCGAAAUUCCCUCAACACCAGAGGCUGAGCUACCUAAAGGAGAGCAUUUGCAGUAUUUGUAUGAGAAGCUGGCAACAGGUGAGAAUAUAGUCCUUGAAAAGAGAAAAAGCUCAUUCUUGGAUACUUAAAAAUUUUAAAGCUUGCAUUCUCAAGCAACCACUAAAAAAACCUACACUAAAGAGGUAAUAGUCCAAAUCAUACCAGACAUAUCAGAGUGGAGUAAAAACGCUCCUGUAACCUAAAACAGGGCAGUAAAGGGGAAGCAGAGAACAAAAAAUGGGACAGAUACGGUAGAACUAAAUCCAUACCUCAAUAAUUACAUUAAGUGAAAAUGGUCAAAACGCACCAUGAAAACAUAGGGGAAAAACAGUCCUCCUAUAUAUAGUGAAUGAUGCAGGUAGGUUAACAGCAAAGAAUGGAAAAAGAUCCCUAAAUACUACUUAAAAGAAAGCCGGAAUGACCAUAUUAGCAUCAGGCAAAUUUCUAAUGAUAAAAGAUCUACACACAACGCUGUAUGUAUAUGUACCUAAAAACAGCUUCCAAAUACAAAGAGCUAAAACCAAGGAGAAAGACAAACUAAUGCACAAUUCUAGCUAGGGACUUGCCCAUUCCUCUGUCAAUAACAGAAUCAGCAUACAGGAAGUGAGGAAAGAUACAGAAUGAAUAGCACCACUGACCAACUGGAUCUAACUGACGUAGAACACUCCACCCAACAACGUAAGUGCCCAUGGCACACUGACUACGAUAGACAACCGUAUCCUGCAGGUCAUAAAAUGCUUCAAAAAUCAGCCCCUUAUUUAUCUCAAAAGCUGUAUCACUUACAAAUGCUGGUAUGAAUACAAUGACAAAAUUUAAAGCAGAAAAAUUAGAACCUAAAAUAAUUAAAUGGCAAAAGCAUUAA